AUGCAUUGGCAUUCGCAACUUGCAUCAGAAAAUAUCCAGGUUAAUUGCUUUGAUAGACAAAAUGAGGUUUUUGAAGUGCGAGAGAUGCCUAGUGGAUUGGAGUAUGCAGUCGACCUCCGUCGGCAUCAAUGUGACUGUGGAGAGUUUCAGGUGGACCGGAUUCCGUGUCGACAUGUGUUUGCAUGUUGUGCAAAUCAACGACUGGACUGGCAACUGUACGUGCAUGAUAUCUAUAAGAUGGACCAAGUUCAAAGGGUUUACCGAGCUAGGUUUAGGCCACUGGAAAAUCCUUCUACGUGGCCUGCUUACAACGGGCCACGAUUUGUACCCAAUCCAUUCCUAAGACGCGUUGCCAAAGGUCGCCCCAAGAUGACUCGCUUCUUGAACGAGAUGGACACGCGAAUGUUGCGUCCUCCACGUAGAUGCAGGCAAUGUGGUGCUGAGAGACAUAGCCAUAGUAGAUGCCGUCGGUCAUCUGGUGCACCUGCCGAUCCUAAUGCUCAGUAG